GUGUAAACUGAAAGUAAAAGCAUAGCCAGAAAAUGGCAUUUCGUGUAAGACGAUAACUGUUUAUAAAUGCGCGUAUAGACUGUAUAGAAAAUAUACAGCAAAAUGUGGCCUUGUCUUGUAUAGAAACAGUUCUUUGUACAAGACUAAAGGUGGCGAUGCAGGUCAAUACUUUCAGCGCUAUUUUGAUCGUGUUGAAGUUCGUCAUUAACUCUGACGGUUUCCUGCUACACGGCUCUGCUGGUCCUCUAACAGCCCGGCUGGGAGGAGCUGUACUGCUGCCCUGCUUUGUGGACAGACCCCUGCCUUUGGAGGAGCUGGAGGUGGACUGGAGAAGGACUGAUUCAGACACCAUCGUGCACCUAUUCCAGGGGGGUCAGAGCAGACCUGAAUCACAGGGAGACGCAUACAGGGGCAGAGCCCACUUCUUCUCUCAGGAAAUCCCCAAAGGCAACUUCUCUCUGCUGCUUGAGGGUGUGAGGACUGCAGAUGCAGGAGUGUACAAGUGUGUGGUUUAUACAGAGCAGGAGAACCAUGAAACACGGGUGGAAAUACAGGAAGCAGAGCGGCUGGUGGUGACGGGUGCAGAUGAGCCUGUCUAUGCACAUGCUGGAGAGGAUGUGACUCUCAGCUGCUCUGUGGACACCCAUGUUAAUGUGACAGAGCUUCAGGUGAAAUGGAUAAAGACAGACGAUGACGGUGACAUCAUGGUGCUUCUGUAUGACGAAAGAGAGAGCAGACCACAGUCUCAGCAUGACAGAUACUCUGGAAGAGCUGAAUUCUUCACUGAGGAAAUUCCCAAAGGAAACUUCUCAAUGAAACUGAGGAAAGUCAGGACUGAAGACAAAGGAGAGUUCAGGUGUGAAGUCCACUCAAAUAAUGAGUCUGCCAGUAGAACUGCCAGGAUAGCAGCACUGGGUUAUUCAUCCCUGCAUUGGCUGAUUCGGGGGCUGUGCAUCGCUGUCACACCUGUAGCCCUACUUACUGGUGCUUUAUCUGUCAGGCAUUUAAGAAGGGAAGAUAAAAGCAAACAGGCUCUGCUGAGUCACUGCUCACAUGUCACAGUUCCACCAAUCAUGGUGUCCGCAGCCUUCAUCCUGUGGGGUGUAACUGAAGGAUCCACAGAAGAGGCUGUUACUGGUCCUGCCAUCAGUCUGCUGUGUAUCUUGGUGCUGUUUUAUAUGGCUCCAUACAGGAAAUUCCUUACAGAAACAUGGCAGAAUAUUAUAAUCCUCACUCUAAGAACUGCAUUUCCCAUCAUUAUGGUCGGUGUCCUAACAGGUUCUCUCAUUGAGUUUUCAGUAAAAUAUUCCCCAACUCCAGCUGAGAAAGCAAUACUUGGAGGCAUUUUUAGUGGAAUUGUAUUUAUGUUCAUCUUUUUUCUUGUGUUCCGAAUUGUCCACUUUGUGGUUUGGACAAAAUAUUCAGAAGAGAAUGAAAAAAGAGAGAAAAUACUUACCUACAUAGCAGGAAUAACUGGAAUUAUAUUCCUGGUCUUCUCAGUUUCAUCCAUAAUUGCUGUCAGUGUUUAUCUGGAAAAAUUUUAUUCUAAUGCAACUUGGAGAGAACAACUUGGAACAUUUUUAACUUUAUUAAUGUUUCCAAUCAUCGUGAUUCUAUUCCCAAUUGGCCUCAGCGUGUAUCGGAUAAUAAACUUCCGAAGGAUGGGAAGAACAGUACGACUUAGAGCCAUUCUUGCAAUCAUGGCUUAUUUCAUGUAUAAUCCAAGACUGUUUAACAUGCUGUUCCUUGCUAUUUAUUCCCAACUUCUUGCCUGGAAUAACAACACAUUUGAAUUAAAAUAUUCAAUUCCGAUUGCAGUGGCUGCUUUUGGAAUCUGUGCCUGCAUCUUUGUCAAGGAUUAUUUAUUGUAUCUUGAAAUAAAGUGUUUGGAGGGAUUUUACUAUUUUGCUCAGAAAAUCCUUCUGGGGAUUUUCUUCCUGCUUCACCUGAUAUUAAGUUUCUUGUAUCUAAGUGUGAUUCUAGAAAAUGACAAAGGAAAACCUGUGAAAAUCUGCGAGUUUGUGUUUGUCUACAUUCUGACUGUAACAUUGCUCUUUCGAUUCUGGCUUCGGGAACAUUUAUUUGUCAAACCCCGUAAAUAUGUAUAUUUCUCAGGGGCUUUUGGUCCUCCUCUCAUGAAUUCUCUCGGCCUGGCUGAAGCACUAAAACUUAAAGCAGAAACAGGAAAACAGCCACUGGAUCUACGGCUGAUUGUCCUGAUUUCUGGGUCUGUCUUCCUCUUUGGCUGGUUUGUUAUAGAGAUGUCUGCUUACUGUUUGGCCAAAAAAGAAAAACUAAAAGAAGAAUUCGCCCAUCUUCAGAGACACCAAGAUCCUGAGCCAGACCAGGGAUCACAUGACAAUGAGGAGAUUGAAGCAUUGUCCCACACUGAUCCCAAUGGACCAAACACAGAGGAGGGAUCACAUGAGAAUCAGGAGGUGGAGGCAUCAUCACCUGCUGAUCACAAUGAACCAAACCCAGAGGAGGUAUUACUGGGGGAGAAGAACACAGAAGUCUGAAGGAUCUCUGGAGUUUAUUUAAUUUUUGUUUUUGCCUGUAGUCAAGCCCUACUGAAUCACCUGGUUAGCUGUGUCAACAGUCCUCAGGUUAUGGGUGCUCUGUUACAAUUCAUUUUGUCUGAAGACUUGGGGGACUUUGCUGGAUAUCAGAUAAAUAUUUCUAGGGCAAUCUGCACAUGCAUAUAGGCAAAUGUUCAUCUGCAGAGAAGCACCCUGGGAAGGUCCUUUAUGUUUUAUAUAUAGUCAGUCACUUGUGGAUUAAGUCAAAUUUGAAGACGGUCUCCCAAGGGCUUUAGGUCACAUAUCAACACAUGCAAAUUCCUGCUUUAUAUGCUCGUAAUAUCAUUGAUUUGCACUAACCAUCAAAAUGUAUUUACUGUAUAUGAUUUUGUUUUUAUAUGCGAGGAACGCGACGCUUAUAGCCAUGGGUGCUAAUGACACGGGAGAGACGCACUUUUCUAACCCAGUUUAUUGUGAUAUCUUUAUGUAUUAUUUAGGUGUUGUUACUGGGGGUGGCACACAGCUAAGUGGGCUAAGCCUGUGUGUUUGUAAUCAGAAGGUCAUCAAUUCAAACCCAUCCUCAGCACAUCUGAGGUCCUUGAGCAAGACCCGUAAUCCCCAGCUCUCUGGGUGCUACAACAGGUGGCUGCCCUUCACAGCCAGCUUACUCUUCCCAAUAAAUAGCAAGUUGGGGGAGGUGUAAAGAGAAUUUCCCCACAGGGAUCAGUCAGUUAUUACGUCUUUCAGAUGUUUCAUUUUCAACAUUUCAUUAAUUACAACAUUGUGGUUUAUUAGUAUUUACUUUAUUACACUUUAUUAGUCUUUUACACAUUAUUACUUUUUUUACACUUUAUUACUCUCUUACACUUUAUUACUCUAUUACACUUUAUUACUCUG